AUGUCGUCCAACCCAAACUGUACAGUGUAUGUUAAAAGAAUGCAAGAAAAGAACAUUUCUCCGAUGCCAAUUAUUGGCCUUUAUGUAGCACUCGCUUCUCUGAUCUGCACCUUUGCAAUGCUCUUGAACUCUAUUACGAUUUCAAAAUCAGUCACAGCAUUCAAGGGCAAAAUCAAUUUUUUCGGUCUGAAUGCAACUUGGCUGACACUAUUAGCUGUGGCUACCAAGCUCACUGCCGACCUCACAUCUCCCAUGUGGUCUUACAAAGAUAACAUGUCAAAAAUCAGUAGCACGCUUUUCUUAACUGUGUCCAUGAGUCAAUUUCUCACAUCACUGGGCUCUAUGAAUGGCACAGAUAUGCUAACCAAUCUCACCGCCUUGAGCAUAUUGGUAUUUACGGUCCUUGUGGAUUUAUGCAUCCAACUUGGAACCGGUGUGCUUGAUUUCUCAUUAUUUCCAGAAAUCAUCUUCUCUCUUGUUUUGCUGUUCUGCAUGUUCAUAGCAAUUGUGUGUUCUGCACUAGCACUUCCAGCAAUUAAGAAACGCGCAGAAUCAAAGCAUCAUACGCUAGUGAAGCAGAUGGUAGCAGCAGCUGGGGGAUCGGGACAACAUUUACUAUUUGGAGUUAAAGAGCUGAAAUUGAGCAUUACAAAGUAUUGGGUGAUGGCAGCAUCGGGUAGCCCUCAGUUUCUGACCACAAGGUUGGCCUCUUUCGUUUUUAUGAAUAUCAUCACCCUAUUUUCUGCACUUAUUCUUAUACAAGGAUCUGUUAGAAGUAUAACUACUAAUGCAUACUGGAAUACUACUUGUCAUAACAAGCAAUCUGAUUAUAAGUGGUCCAUACUAUUGAUUAUAAAAUCUCAAUUGGGUGCCAUGAUAGUGCCUCUCUACACAGACUCUGGUUGUCAUAUUUAUUAA